GGAUAUCCGUAUUUAUAGAAGCUUUAAUUUUCGUGCUUAUCCUAAUUGUUGGUUCAGUUUAUGCAUGGCGAAAAGGGGCAUUAGAAUGGUCUUAAUUCUUGAAUAUUUAGAUAAUAAAAAAAAAACAUUUAGACAGUUAUGAAUUCCAUUGAGUUUCCCUUACUUGAUCGAACAACCCAAAAUUCAGUUAUUUCAACUACAUUAAAUGAUCUUUCAAAUUGGUCAAGACUAUCCAGUUUAUGGCCGCUUCUCUAUGGUACCAGUUGUUGCUUCAUUGAAUUUGCUUCAUUAAUAGGAUCACGAUUCGACUUUGAUCGUUAUGGACUGGUACCGCGAUCUAGUCCUAGGCAGGCAGACCUUAUUUUAACAGCGGGCACAGUAACUAUGAAAAUGGCUCCUUCUUUAGUUAGAUUAUAUGAGCAAAUGCCCGAACCAAAAUAUGUUAUUGCUAUGGGAGCCUGUACAAUUACAGGGGGUAUGUUCAGUACCGAUUCUUAUAGUACUGUUCGGGGAGUUGAUAAGCUAAUUCCCGUGGAUGUCUAUUUGCCAGGCUGUCCACCUAAACCAGAGGCCAUUAUAGAUGCUAUAACAAAACUGCGUAAGAAAAUAUCUCGAGAAAUCGAUGAAGAUCAUAUUAGGUCUCAACAAGAAAAUAGGUCACCAGGAGGACUGUUAGCUAGUGUGUAUCAUCUUACAAGAAUAGAGUCUGGGAUAGAUCAACCGGAAGAGGUAUGCAUAAAAGUAUAUGUACCAAGGAAAAAUCCCCGAAUUCCUUCUAUUUUCUGGGUUUGGAAAAGUGCGGAUUUUCAAGAGAGGGAAUCUUAUGAUAUGUUAGGAAUCUCUUAUGAAAAUCAUCCGCGUCUGAAACGUAUUUUAAUGCACGAAAAUUGGAUAGGAUGGCCUUUGCGUAAAGAUUAUAUCGCCCCCAAUUUUUAUGAAAUACAAGAUGCUUACUAAAUGAUAAAAAUACAAAAACAAAUCUGGCAUUUCGACAACCAAAAAGAAAAAUAUUCAAGGAAUAUCCAUUCAUUCUCUUAGAGACCAAAAAAGUAAUUGAAGUUCAAUCAGACAGAAUAAAAGAAUAAUGGAAGUCCCAUUCCCAUAUAGGGAUUGGAUAGAUAACAAAAUUCACAACAAGAAUGUGGGUAUUGCAAAAAAGAUUUGGGGAAGGAUUCAUUGAGAUUGUAAAUUUUGAACAAUACUUUUUUCGUAGGAGCCAAGCCAAUAGGAUGAACUGAAAAAGUUCUGCAUCAUGAACUAUGUAACGUUCACAUCAAUAUCUAUUCUAUUAUAUUGCCGCGAAAAAGAAAGUAACAUGAAAGCAAAGGAGAUGCAGAAAAUAGAAAUGAAAUAUCAAAGGAAAAUACAUAGGUCCGAUUCUCUUUGUAAUGUAUCCGAGAUUUUUUUUGACUAUUCCCACCCUUGAACUUUCCAAGACGAGACUUUUUGAUCUUUCAACCAUUUAAUGUAACCAUUCGAAUAUUAUUGAACUAUUAAUAUUCUUUUGGGAGCCCCCCCACAAAAAAAGGGGGGUUCACUUUUUUACAUAUUCUAUUUAAUUUAAUGUUAUAGACAUAAACAUAUACCGGGAACAUACACCUAUUCUUUACUCAUCUAGUAAACAUCUCCAGACACCUAGAUGGAUAAAUU